AUGGGAGGAGGGGCCGCGGUGUGCGUGACGCCACGACAAGGCAUUCUGGGAGAUGCAGUUCUCCCGUCUCGAGGCCCCUCCCCUGAGUUUAGCGCCCUGGUGGGGGAGGGGCGGGGCCUGUGGCGGAAUAACCGGGGCGGUUCCUUCCGGGAUGUCUCCCGGGUCUCUGGGUGGCGGACAGCUACUGGCAGGGUCUGUGGGCCCUUUCAGCCCCAGCCCGGGGUUACGGGAGGAGAAACUGAGCUCCGUAAAGGGACAAACGAGAUCCUUUGGGGGCGUCCCUCCGCCGGUUCAGCCGCUUCUGGGCUGAGGAUCCGCGAAGCCUUUUCCCUGGGCGCGGACCAAGGCGCUGAGCUCCUGAGGGGAGAAACCGCCGCCUCCCAGGAGGGGGAAGAGAGAAACAGGGAAGGAGAUGGCGGGCGAGGGGGAGGCCCGAGCCGUGGCACGGACCCUGGCCAAGCUCUCAGGAUUCACCGAGGCGUGGUUCCAAGGCAGAAGAGCGCUGGAAACUCGGGGCUCCUGAAGGUGGGGGUGGGGGUGGGGCGGAAUGCGAAGCUGCUUAUCCGAAAGGCCUCGGGAAAAUGCAAAGCGGAAUCAGUGGAAGUAAUUCUGGGUGAGGAGACUCUCCUGGAGGAGGAUUCUGCUGAGUUGGAGAUUGCUGUGCUGCAGAGGCUUGGGUUAAUAACCUUUAAGGAUGUGGCUGUGGAAUUCACCCAGGAAGAGUGGUGCCUGUUGGACUAUUCUCAGAAAGAGCUGUACCUGGAGGUUAUGCUGGAGAAUGUGCAGAAUCUACACUCUGUGGAGGCAGAGACUAAUUUUGAAGUGAGGAAGAUACCUACCAAGCUGAGCCAUUUUGUGGAAGGAUCUGACCUCCAAAGAUGCAUGAAUGCAGGUCUCUCGGGCUUCAUUUUAAGAGAAAUCUGUGAUUCUAAUAUCAAGGGAAAUAGAAAUCCAAAGAUUGACUAUGAAUUAGAUGAAACUGCAGAGAAAUUCAGCCAAUAUUCAGUCCUAAAUCAGUAUACCAAAUUGACUUCACAAAAUGACUGUUCUCAGGUUAGUAAAUACAGCAAAGGCUUUCUUGAAGAAAUAGGACUUGUUCCAUCUCCAGAAAAAACUCCUGAAAUUCUCAUGUAUCUAGAUAACCUUAGGGGAAUGGCCUUUGGCUCUACUUUAGACCUCAUUAGACAUUCAAAAACUAAACAUGUAGAGAUGGGUUUUGUGAAUAAUAAAGAUGGGAGACCUUUCAGUCUGAACUCUGAGCUUGGUUCACAAGUAAUCCCCUGUGGAGAGAAAUCUUAUGAAUGUAAACAUUGUGGAAAGGCUUUUACACUGAGUAGUGAUCUUGCUGCACAUCAGAGAAUCCACAUUGGAAAGAAAACUUAUGAAUGUAAACAAUGUGGGAAGGCUUUCUUACGAAGGAGCAAAUUUGUUUCACAUCACAGAAUCCACACUGGAGAGAAACUUUAUGAAUGUAAUCAAUGUGGAAAGGCUUUCACAGAGAGUUACGUUCUUGCCAUACAUCAGAGAAUCCACACUGGGGAGAGACCUUAUGAAUGUAAACAAUGUGGAAAGACUUUUACAUCGCAGAGCUUUCUUGCUAAACAUCAGAGAAUUCAUACUGGAGAGAAACCUUAUGAAUGUAAACUUUGUGGAAAGACUUUUACAUCGACGGGUUCUAUUGCUAUACAUCAGAGAAUCCAUACUGGAGAGAAACCUUAUGAAUGUAAAUACUGUGGGAAAGCUUUCACAGUAAGGAGCCAACUUGUUGCACAUCAAAGAAUCCACACUGGAGAGAAACCUUAUGGUUGUAAACAUUGUGGAAAUGCUUUCACACGAAGUAGCCAACUUGUUGCACAUCAGAGAAUCCACACUGGGGAGAGACCUUAUGACUGUAAACACUGUGGAAAGGCUUUUACAUCAAGGGGCAAUCUUGCUGCACAUCAGAGAAUCCACACUGGAGAAAAACCUUAUGACUGUAAAUACUGUGGAAAGGCUUUUACAGAGAGGGGCUCUCUUGCUGCACAUCAGAGAAUCCACACUGGAGAGAAACCUUAUGAAUGUAAACACUGUGGAAAGGCUUUCACACGAAGGAGCCAACUUGUUUCACAUCAGAGAAUCCACACUGGAGAGAAACCUUAUGACUGUAAACACUGUGGAAAGGCUUUUACAGAGAAGGGCUCUCUUGCUGCACAUCAGAGAAUCCAUACUGGAGAGAAACCUUAUGAAUGUAAAUACUGUGGAAAGGCUUUCACUCGGAGUGGCCACCUUGCUGCCCAUCAGAGAAUCCACACUGGAGAGAAACCUUAUGAAUGUAAACACUGUGGAAAGGCUUUCACAGUAAGGAGCCAACUUGUUGCACAUCAGAGAAUCCAUACUGGAGAGAAACCUUAUGAAUGUAAACAAUGUGGAAAGAUUUUUACAUUGAGGGGCUCUCUUGUUAGACAUGAGAAAAUUCACACUGGAGAGAAACCUUAUGAAUGUAAAUACUGUGGAAAGGGUUUCACACGAAGGAGCCAACUUGUUGCACAUCAGAGAAUCCACACUGGAGAGAAACCUUAUGAAUGUAAACAAUGUGGAAAGGCUUUCACUUGGAGUGCCUAUCUUGCUGCACAUCAGAGAAUCCACACUGGAGAGAAACUUCAUGAAUGUAAAUAGUGUGGAGGGGCUUUCACAGAAAGGAUUUAUCUGGCUAAAUAUCAGAGUAUCCACACUGGAGGGAAAUUUUAUGGAUGUAAUGAGUUUAGAUUGACUUUCAUAUGAAACUUCACAGUUGCUUCCUGUUCCAAAAUCUUUACUGGAGGGAAACCUUAAUAGUAGAGAGGCUAAGCUUAUAGUUGACACUUUUAGAUUGUUUAACAUAAGAGGAUUCACACUAGAGAGAUAUUUUGGGAAUGUGAUCAAUGUGGUAAGAACUUUAGCAACAAUCAUCUCUUAUUCUCAACCUAGAAUUCCUUUUGGAUGCAAAUAAAAUAAGUGUGCAGAAGGAAGACACCAAAGGAAUAGGAGACGUGAUCCCCAUUGUUCAGUACAUUAUAUUUAAGGACUCUGGGUCAUGAUGCAUUUGCUGAUUUCUGGGUCUGAGCAGAAGUCUGACCCUUCUGAUGAAGUAAGAUGGGAGAAUUUGAGGUGUCCAAGUCCACCAAGUCAUGAAAUAUCAACUAAUGGGUACUCAAGGGACAUCCUAAGGUUAAGUUGUCAGGCUAAAGAGAAACAGAACACAACUCCAUAAACAAGAGGAAAGGAACCUUCUUUUCUGGGAACAAUGGUGAAGGAGACUCAUUUUUUACUUAUGGGAAUCUCAUGACCCUAUUGAGAAACCAUAUUAUACUCGGGGAAAUAGCCUUAUAUUAUUUAUUGCUUAAAAUCUGAAUACUACACAGUAAAAUAUUUCUAUAAGAAGAACAAAGUCCUAAUUACUCCUCCCUCUGAAAAUUAUUUCCCCUUAAAUUAGAGUUGUCAUAAUUGAGAAGGGGCUAAAAAUUUCACUUGGUCUUAUAGCUCACAAAGGAAAAAAGGAGAUUUGAGCAGUUCUCUUCAUUUUUCUCCUUUCAAAUAUAACCAAUUAAAUAUUUGAUGGGUUUUAACAUUAUCAAUAUCACAGAGUA